AUGCACAUCUAUAUCAAACAUAAAGAACAAAAUGAGGUAGAAAAAAAGGUUAUAAUAAAAAUAGAAACUUUCUUUUGUGUGUACUGUGACUAUACUAGGUCUUAUGAACAAUUAUUGCAAAGCCACAUUUUUAUAAAACAUAAAAAAGAAAAUAAAUUAAAAAAUAAAGUAAAAAUAAAAAUAAGAACCUACUCUUGUGUGUACUAUGAAUAUUCAACAGUGGGGAAACAAAGGCUACAAAACUACAUCUACAGUAAACACAAAGAACAAAAUGACGUGGAAAAAAAAUGGGAAACCACAGAAAAAAAUAAAGUACCAAUCACAAUAAAAACCUUUUCAUGUAUGUACUGUGACUAUACGACAUCUUAUAAACAAUCAAUACAAAGUCACAUAUUUUCAAAACAUAAAGAACACAAUAAAGUUGCAAUAAAAUUAAAAACUUACCCAUGUGUCUACUAUGACUAUACUACAACGAAAAACAUCUGUUUACAAAGACAUGUUUAUAGUAAACAUAAAGGACAAAAUGACUUGGAAAAUAAAGUAAAAAUAAAUAUUAAACCCUUAUCUUGUGUGUACUGUGACUAUACAACAUUUCUUAAACAAUCAUUGCAAAGGCACAUAUUUUUGAUGCAUAAAAAACAAAAUGAUAUAAAAAUAAAAACGUACUCUUGUGUGUACUGUGACUUCAAAACAAUUGAAACCCAAAGGUUGCAAAAUCACAUCUACAGCAAACAUAAGGAACAAAAUGAGUUGGAAAAUAAAGUGAAAAUUAAAACUUACUCUUGUGUGUACUGUGACUUCAAAACAAUUGAAAACCAAAGGUUGCAAAAUCACAUCUACAGCAAACAUAAGGAACAAAAUGAGUUGGAAAAUAAAGUGAAAAUUAAAACUUACUCUUGUGUGUACUGUGACUUUACAACAAUAGAAAAUCAAAUCGAAGAUUGCGAAACCACGUAUUUAGCAAACAAAGAACAAAAUGAGUUGGAAAAUAAAGUGAAAUUUAAAACUAAUUCUUGUUUAUACUGUGACUUUGCAACUCAACAAAAUAAAGUAGAAAAUAAAGUCACAAUAAAAGUUAAAACUUACUCUUGUGUGUACUGUGACUUUACUACAAGGGUAAACCGUUGUUUACAAAACCACGUUUUUAAAAAACAUAAGGAACAAAACGAUGAAACAUCAGCUGUGUGCAAAACGUUCUCUUGUGUGUACUGUGACUUUGCCUCUAAGGAAAGUCGCAAUUUACAAAGCCACAUCUAUAGAAAACAUAAGGAACAAAAUGAGUUAGAGAAAAAAGUAGAAAUAAACAUACAUAUUUACUCUUGUGUGUAUUGUGACUAUACAACAGUAAGAAACCGUAAUUUACAAAACCACAUAUGUAGCAAACAUAAAGAACAAAACGAUUUGGAGAAAAAAGUGCCAAUAAAAGUAAAAACCCACUUUUGUGUGUACUGUGACUAUUCAACAGUCGUACUUCAAAGUUUAAAGAAUCACCUUUUUAGCAGGCACAAAGAACAAAAUGAGUUGGAAAAGAAAGUAACGAUAAAAUUCAAAACUUUAUCCUGUGUGUACUGUGACUACACAGCAGUAGGAAAGCAAAAGCUACAUUACCACAUAUAUAGAAAACACAAAGAACAAAACGAAUUGGAAAAAAAAGUGUUAAUAAAAAUAAAAACCUACUCUUGUUCGUACUGUGACUAUAUAACAAUGGAAAAACGGUUGUUACAAAAACAUUUGUUUAAAAAACAUAAAGAACAAACUGAUGUAAAAAUUAAAGUAUGGAAAAAAGGACAAAAAUCUUGCAUGUACUGUGACUACAAAACAUUUAAAACUCAUUUGUUACAAAACCAUACCUAUACCAAACAUAAAGAGCAAAGUAAGUUGGAAAAUAAAGUAUCACUGAAACUAAAUACAUACUCUUGUGUGUACUGUGACUUUUCAACAGUGGAAAACCAAAGAUUGCAAAACCACAUUUAUGGCAAACACAAAGAACAAAACGAGUUGGAAAAUAAAGUGGCAAUAAAAGUAAAAACCCACUUCUGUGUGUACUGUAACUAUUCAACAGUCAUACAUCAACAUUUAAAGAAUCAUCUUUUUAGCAAACACAAGGAACAAAAUGAGUUAGAAAAGAAAGCAACGAUAAAAGUCAAUACUUUAUCCUGUGUGUACUGUGACUAUAAAGCAGUAGGAAAUCAAAAGCUACAUUACCACAUUUAUAGGAAGCACAAAGAACAAAAUGAAUUGGAAAAAAAAGUGUCAAUAAAAAUAAAAACCUACUCUUGUUUGCAUUGUGAGUUUACAGCAAUAGAAAAACGCUUGUUACAAAAACAUUUGUUUAAAACACAUGAAUAACAAACUGAUGUAAAAAUUAAGGUAUGAAAAAAAGCGGGUUAUCACUACAAAACUUAUAAUACUCAAUUGUUAGAAAACAAUACCUAUACCACACAUAAAGCAAAUAAUACGUCAACCAUAUGUGGAUACAACGAAUGUUUUUUCUCAGGAUCAGAAUACGAAGUAACCCAACAUAUGAUCACAGACCAUGAGCAUAAGCCAACUAAUAAAAAUCCAAAGUUCUCUUGUAUGUACUGUGACUACAAUACACCUUAUAAACAAUCAUUGCAAAGGCAUAUAUAUAUCAAACAUAAAGAACAAAAUGAGGUUGCAAUAAGUAUAAAAACAUACUCUUGUGCAUUCUGCGACUUCAGAACAGUGGAUAAUCAAAAGUAUCAAAACCACAUUUAUGUCAAGCAUAAAGAACAAAAUGAGAUUGCUGUUGGUGUAAAAACUUACUCUUGUAUGUACUGUCAAUUUACCACGAUCCAAAAUCGUCAUUUUCAGUACCACAUAUUUAGCAAACAUAAAAAACAAAACGAGUUGGAAAACAAAGUAGAAAUUAAAAUAAAGACGUACACCUGCGUGUACUGUGACUAUUCUUCAUAUUGCAAUCAAUCGUUGCAGAAGCACAUAUUCAGCAAACAUAAAGAACAGAACGAAUUGGAGAAAAAAGUAGAAAUUAAAAUAAAAACCUACCCGUGUGUGUACUGUGACUAUUCUGCGUAUAGCAAUAGAUCGGUGAAAAGGCACAUAUUUAGAAAACAUAAAUAUCAAACUGAGCUGGAAAACAAUUCGAAAUAAAAAUGUAUUUAAAAAGCUUUAAGUAUGUAAAAUUCUGUUAAAAUGUUGCAAUUUAUUUUUGUGCAUCAAAAUAAAUAAAGUUUUAAAUUUUUUCUUUUACAGUAUCACUUGUACCGGUCAGACGUAUAUACACUCACGUGCAAAAUAAUCGAUCCACACAAAUUUUCGAUGAAU